AUGGCUGACGAGGCGAGUCGUCCUUUGCUGGGCGACCGAAGUCGAAACCCGUCCCUGGAUAGCGCCUCUCAUCCAGAUGAGCCUCAACAGUCGUUUAAGCUCUCAUCGGAGUCAACCCCUCUCUUGCAUCACCAUAAUGAUGACAUAGAUACAUAUGGAACAGCACCUGAAUCCUUAUCGCCGCCAGUGAGAGAAGAAGUAACAGAUGACGUAUUCGCCACGAGGAAGAGCAGAGUGCGAUGGCCAACAGUGAUAUCCCUUACUCUGUUGACGACAGCCAUCCUUGCUAUUCUGGCUUUUGCUUUUGCUGCACCGGCAAUUGUUAAGGAAUACGUACAGGAAGCGGCACAGCUCGAUAUCACCGCCAUCUCUAUCGAUUCAACUACCCCCGAUGGCGUGCGCGCUCGAGUGGAGGCCGAUUUCGUCAUGGAUUCGGACCUAGUGAAUAAACGUUUCGUUCGGACGUUCGGACGACUUGCUACCUGGGUCGCUGUGGAAGUUGAGACCGGUGAAUCUAACGUGGAAGUUUACCUACCGGAGUACGGGAACGUUCUGAUCGGAACUGCGGCGGUGCCAUCGAUCAAACUGAACAUUCGAGACAACCACAACAAUAAAUUGGAAUUCCUUGCGGAUAUCAACGCUGGGGACAUUAAUGGGAUCCAUGGAGUCGCUUUGGAUUGGAUAGAAGGCCGACUAGGCCGCCUUAGUGUCAAGGGAAAGGCAACGCUGCAUCCGAGAUCAGGCCUGAUUAACCUAGGAACUCAAAUAGUGACUGAUACCAGGACAUUCGAAGAAAAUGAGGACUUCCCUGCGUUACCGAACAUCGAUAUUGCCCAAUUGAAUGUACACGAUGCAAACGAUGGAGAAUUAGCAGUCGAUGUUUUGCUUACCGCACUCAUUGAUUCUCCUGUCAGCCUAACUGUACCUGCCCUUGGAUUCCAGGUCUUUGUACCAAACUGCUCCCCAGGUGAUCCCCCAAUUCUAGUUGCGAAUGCGAACACUGCGGAGAUCCUAGUUCAACCUGGAGAUCCUAUCAGCAUGAGUGUACAGGGUCUUAUCAAGAAGCUUCCUGAUGAGUUGACCACUACCUGCCCAGGAGGGGACGGCUCUCCCUUGGAUUUCUUGGUGUCUAGUUAUAUCAGAGGCCUGGAGACGACUAUAUAUGUUCGCGGAGCUGAUGCACCUUUGCCUGGAACCCCCGCGUGGAUAGUAGAUCUGCUGCGCAGUGUGACAGUGCCCCUGUCAUUUACCGGAAAGGCCUUGGAUAAUUUGGUGAAGAAAUUCGCCAUGUCCGAUACACACUUCUCUCUUCCGGAUCCAUUUGCUGAGCCGGGGACUCCAGAAGCACAGCCCUCUGUGUCCGCUUUAGUAAAAGUUCUUGUUGCUCUGCCAGAACAAAUCAACCUCAGUGUCGAAGUCCCGCGUGUCCGAGCCCUAACAGAUGUCUAUUAUGAGGGCAAGAAACUCGGAAUGUUGAAUAUUGAGAAAUGGCAAGACGCCAAGUCAACGCAAGUGCAAGACGAGGAUGGCUCUUCUGCGCUGCUUGUCGAAUUCGCCAUCGAAGAUGUUCCGUUGCAGGUGACGGAUGAUGGUGUAUUGACUCGGGUCGUUCAAGAAAUGCUUUUUGGUAGCGGGUCAGUUGUACUGCAUGUCGCUGCCUCUGUAGAUGCGAAGGUCUCAACUGGCUUGGGACUCUUUGCUGUGCGGGGAAUUCCCGCCGAAGGAAAUGUCCCAGUUGAGACUCCAUCUGAAAAUUACCCAAGUCACAUCGACCCUCGGAUUGUGUCUGUGAGAUUAGGCCAUACAACUGAAUCCUUGCUGUCCGUGUCUACCCUCGUGAACUUCACAAAUCCAACACCGUAUUCUGCGACAGUUCCAUUCGUGGAUGUUCUCAUGUCAUUCAACGGCACGGAAGUGGCCCAUAUCAUUGCUCGCAACAUCUCAGUGAUCUCAGGAGACAACACAAAUAUUUCCGUCGACUUCCUAUGGAACCCGUCGGAUUUCGGCGGCCCUGAUGGCGUUGAAGCUGGAAGAACACUCAUGUCGUCUUAUAUAUCCGGGUAUAACACGACUAUCACUAUACAAACCCACGAGAAAAGUAUACCAGGUCUUCCUGAGCUUGGUAGAGCUUUAUCAAUCAUCCAAAUUGACAUCCCCAUGCCCCAAAUUACCACGCCUGGAUCUCCGGAAGAUGGCGACAAUGGUGACGACAAUGCUCAUUUUAUCCAAGAUGCAACGCAGGUCUAUCUAUGGUCUUCCACUGCCCAAUUCAGACUUUUAUCACCUCUAACAGAGAACAGCAUUAUGAUCACAUCAAUAGCGGCGACUGCCUUUUAUGAAAAAGAUGAGCCAAUCGGCCGGAUCAACUACCAGAAGCCAUUCGAGGUUCCACCUGGUCUCUCACAGACACCUCGUAUACCAAUUGAUAUGGUUCUAGGCGGUGUUGGGUACGAUGCCUUGCGCAAGGCGUUAGGGCAAUCUUUAAAAAUGGAUGCCGUGGCCAAGGUUGGUGUGCGCAUUGGAAGAUACGAAGAUGUAAUUCAUUACCGUGGAAAGGGAAUUGGCGCAAAGGUGAAGCUGUAG